AUGAAGAAUAGAGGUAGUCACAAUUCUAUUAAAAGUUUGACAUCGAUUACUAGUAGUUUACUUCAAACCCCUCAAGAUAUUGAGGGUGAGAUCAUUGAAUUCUACCGAACUUUAUUGGGAUCUUGUGCUAGUGAAUUACCUGGGAUUCAACCUAGUUUCAUGAACAAUGGACCCACACUCACAAGAAAACAACAGCUAAAGGCAUGGCCUAUGACUGGUGAAGAAGUGAGUGAAGCUGUGAUGCAGUUUUUUCUGAACAAGAAGAUGUACAGAGCUACCAAUUGUACAAUAGUUACACUUAAUCCAAAAGUCGAAAAUCCUUCAACUGUGAAGGAGUUCAGACCUAUUUCUUGCUAUACCAUACUUUAUAAACUGAUCUCUAAAAUGCUCGCUAGCAGACUACAAACAGUCAUGGAUAGCAUUAUUGGUAACAGUCAAGCAGCUUUUGUUCCAGGCAGGGUGAUCACAGACAACAUUCUUCUAAGUCAUGAGCUAGUGAAGGGCUAUGGGAGAAAAGUGAUAUCUCCAAGGAGUGAUAUUACUUCAAUACAGUUGUUAUAUGAAAAAUUUCAAGACUUCUCCAAAUGCUCUGGAUUAGUUGCAAACCUUAACAAAAGUUUAGUUUCUUGUGGGGGUAUCUCAAGUAAGGUGCAACAACAUAUUCUUGAUGUACUAGGGUUCAACAGUAGCGUGUUACCUAUAAGGCUCAGGGAACAGUUCCCAAAAGUGACAUAG